UGUCUAGUGAGCAUUUGUCUAGUGAGCAUUUGUCUGGUGAGCAUUUGUCUGGUGAGCAUUUGUCUAGUGAGCAUUUGUCUGGUGAGCAUUUGUCUGGUAAGAAUUUGUCUGGUGAGCAAUUUUUCGGUGAGCAUUUGUCUGGUGAGCAUUUGUCUGGUGAGCAUUUGUCUGGUGAGCAAUUGUCUGGUGAGCAUUUGUCUGGUGAGCAUUUGUCUGGUGAGAAUUUGUCUGGUGAGAAUUUGUCUGGUGAGCAAUUGUCUGGUGAGAAUUUGUCUGGUGAGCAAUUGUUCCUUGAGCAUUUGUGUAGUGAACAUUUGUCUCGUGAGUAAUUGU